AUGGUGUUCCUUGGCAGAUUGUCAAACGCGGCAACUAGAAGACAGUUUUCAAGCUCUCAAAAUGUGUGCAAGAAGUUGAACAAAUAUUCUCAUAUCAUCACUGAACCAAAGGACCAGGGUGCGUCUCAGGCCAUGCUUUACGCUACCGGAUUCAAGCAAGCGGAUUUCGAAAAGGCGCAGGUCGGUGUUGGGUCUUGCUGGUGGAGUGGUAACCCAUGUAAUAUGCAUUUGAUGGACUUUAACCACAGGAUCACGGAAUCUGUUAACAAGGCCGGCUUGAAAGGAAUGCAAUUCAACAGCAUUGGUGUUUCAGACGGUAUCUCCAUGGGUACGGAUGGUAUGCGCUACUCCUUGCAAAGUAGAGAAAUCAUCGCUGACUCUUUCGAAACUAUUAUGAUGGCCCAGCACUACGAUGCUAACAUUGCAAUUCCUUCGUGCGACAAGAACAUGCCUGGUGUCUUGAUGGCAUUUGGUAGACACAACAGACCCUCCAUCAUGGUGUACGGAGGUACCAUCAUGCCUGGAAGCCCCACCUGUGGUUCGCAGAAGAUCCCAGAGAAGAUUGACGUUGUGUCCGCUUUCCAAUCGUAUGGACAGUACUUGUCCAAGAAUUUCACCGAAAAGGAACGUCUAGAUGUGGUGCAGCACUCGUGCCCUGGACCAGGCUCCUGUGGUGGUAUGUACACUGCCAACACAAUGGCCUCGGUUGCCGAAGUGCUUGGGCUCACUUUGCCUAACUCAUCGUCCCACCCUGCAGUUUCCGAUGCAAAACUUGCUGAAUUGGACAACAUCGGUGAAGCUAUCAAAAAGACCAUGGAACUGGGUAUUUUGCCCCGUGAUGUCAUGACUAGAGAAUCCUUCUUGAACGCUAUCACAUAUGUCGUGGCUACAGGUGGCUCUACCAACGCUGUGCUACACAUGGUUGCUGUGGCCAGUUCUGCAGGCGUGAAGAUCACACCAGAUGACUUCCAGCGCAUUAGUGACAAAACCCCAUUGUUGGGUGACUUCAAGCCUUCUGGUAAAUACAUGAUGUCGGACCUUUACCCUCUUGGUGGUACUCAAGCCGUUAUCAAGUCGUUGUUCGAACAAGGUCUGCUAAAUGGAAACACCAUCACUGUGACUGGUGAGACCCUUGGCGAGCGUGCUGAAAAAGCUACUGCUCUACCAGAGGGACAAGACCUUUUCAGACCUUUGUCCAACCCCAUCAAACCUCAAGGUCAUCUACAAAUUUUGUACGGGUCCCUUGCUCCAGGCGGUUCGGUUGGUAAGAUCACCGGUAAGGAAGGUACUUUCUUCCAGGGUAAAGCCCGUGUUUUUGACGAAGAAGCAGGCUUCAUUCGCGCAUUGGAAAACGGGGAAAUCAAGAAGGGAGAAAAGACUGUGGUUUUGAUCCGUUACCAAGGCCCUAAGGGUGGCCCUGGUAUGCCUGAAAUGUUGAAGCCUUCUUCCGCCUUGAUGGGUUACGGAUUGGGUCAAGACGUUGCCUUGUUGACUGACGGUAGAUUCUCAGGUGGUUCCCACGGGUUUUUGAUCGGUCACGUUGUCCCAGAAGCCGCAGAGGGUGGUCCAAUUGGUCUCGUCAAGGAUGGCGACGUUGUCACUAUCGAUGCCAACAACAACAAGAUCGAUGUUGCUAUCUCUGAAGAAGAAAUGGCCCAGCGUAGAUCCGAAUGGGUCGCUCCUGCCCCUCGUUACACCAGAGGAACGCUUUCCAAGUACCACAAACUUGUUCGCAAUGCUUCUUUGGGCUGUGUCACCGACGCAUAA